GUCUGCGGCGCGGCGGUGGCGGGCCUGGGGGUGUGGAACGGGACAGAAGUCAACUGGUCUCCUCUUUCCUGGAUAGUGUGCGCGUUUGGCAUUGUUGUUAUUGCUGUGAGCUGCCUGGGCAUUCUUGUUUCUCAGGGUGUGACGCUCUGCCUCCACGUUGGACUCUGGGUGUAUCUUGUGUCUGAGUUCAUACUGGUGGUUAUCGAAGUGGUGUUGUUAAUUGCUGCCAGUGUAAAGAAGACGGAGUGGAUUGAUGAUCUGACAGAGAAGUACGCUGACGAGAAGGAUCUCGAGCGUUUCAGAGAGGAGUACGACGAUUUUUGGCCAUAUAUAAUUGCUUUUGGGGCGUUGACCGUCGUUUCUUCGGCCCUUGGGCUGCUACUGGCGAUCCGCGUAAAACGUCAGUUGGCGGUCGAACGUGAUGACCUGGAGGGCAUCAUCUCAGACAGGCGCCCAGAGCAUGUGAAAGCAAAGAGGGACGAGAUCAAGAAGCCAUACAAGGACAUGUCUGUGGCGAUGGUGGAGAAGUAUGGCGACAGAUUCAACUCCAAGAACGGACCCAAAUGA